GAGGAACCUGACCGACGAGGGGACACUGACUGGGUGUGGGAUUGGUCCAGUAGACCUGAAAAUAUGCCACCAAAAGAGUUUGUGUUUCAGCACCCGAAGCAGCAGAGCUCCCUCAGCGUUAGGAAGACAGAGGUGAUGAAGAGGGGGAUCUUCUCCUCCGAUGUCCUCCUCAUCCUCGGCCCCUCACUGCUGGCUUCACACCUGCUCACACUUGGAGUCGGGAUCUACAUCGGAAAGCGACUGGCCGCUUCGACAACUAGCACGCUGUGACGUCGGCUGUAGCCCGGUGACCUCGACCGCCAACAGUCUGGCCAAUAAGGAGGCGAGGACUCCAAGGCACCACUCACAGCAGGCGCAGACAUACGGGAAACCGCCACUGUGUCACAUACUGAUAAGACACUCCAGAGGAAAAAACUGCCGAUCUGGGACCAGUUGGAAGGACAAAAUGGGUGUUUGGACGGCCCUGAUUCUGGCCUCACAGCUGCUAUUAAAACUGUGCUUACACGUGGAAGCUCAAGCUUUGGUCUAUGAUCUGCUCACGUCGCCUGAUUGCCUGCCAGACCUGCUGCAGGGGGGUCUGGCCGAGCAAGGGGUGAACGAGGCUUUCAUCCUCGCCACCUUCAAGUUGCAGCCCAAGACCGGAACCUCUGUGUUCGGCCUGUACAACCCGAGGGACAACAGCAAGUACUUUGAGUUCACCGUGAUGGGGAAGCUCAACAGAGCCGUGUUGCGCUACCUACGAAGUGACAAGAGGAUGAGCUCGGUAACCUUCAACAACCUGGUGCUGGCGGACGGCCAACAGCACCGACUGUUGUUCCACCUGAGGGGGAUGCAGCAGCAGGGGCCGGGCGGGGUGGAGCUGCAUCUGGACUGCAGGCUGGUGGAGACGGUCCGGGAUCUCCCCGCCGCCUUCCAGGGUUUGCCAGCAGGCUACGGUAUGGUGGAGCUGAAGACCAUGCAGGCCAGAGACCAGGAGAGUUUAGACGAGCUCAAGCUGGUGGUCGGGGACUCAUUCGAGAAUGUUGCUUCAUUGCAAGACUGCCAUUUCCAGCAAAGAGACUCCGUCCAAACUCUGGGUGUCAACACGAAGCAGCUGUCCAAUCAAAUGCUGGAGUUAACCAAGGUGAUUAAUGAGCUGAAAGACGUCCUCAUUCAGCAGGUCAAAGAGACCUCGUUUCUCAGAAACACCAUCUCAGAGUGUCAGGCCUGCGGUCUGGGUGGUUCGGAGCCGGUGAAACCAAAGUGUGUCUCAGGUGUCUGUUUCCGCGACGAUAUGUGCGUAGAGACGGCGGAAGGUGUCGAGUGCGGUCCAUGUCCUGAUGGGUACACGGGGGACGGGUUCAACUGUGACGACGUGGACGAGUGCCAGUUUAACCCCUGUUUCCCCGGAGUGAAGUGCGUGAACACGGCCCCGGGCUACCGCUGCGACGCCUGUCCGCUGGGCUACAGCGGCCUGGCGGUGGAGGGUGUGGGCGUCCUGUUCGCCCAGACCAACAAACAGGUCUGUGACGACGUCGACGAGUGCAAAGGACCCAACAACGGCGGCUGCGCUGCAAACUCAGAGUGUCACAACUCUGUGGGCUCGUACCACUGCGGCAGCUGUAAGUCAGGCUUCACAGGAGAUCAGGUGAAGGGCUGCAAGCCGGAGCUCAGCUGUGGCAACAGCCUGACCAACCCCUGUGACAUCAACGCCCAGUGUAUGUUAGAGAGGGACGGGACCAUCACUUGUCAGUGUGGAAUCGGCUGGGCGGGUAACGGAUACCUGUGUGGGAAGGACACCGACAUCGACGGAUACCCAGACGAGAAACUCAAAUGCAAAGAUCCAAACUGUAAAAAGGACAACUGCGUCUACGUUCCCAACUCUGGACAGGAGGACGCCGACAGGGAUGGUUACGGAGACACCUGCGAUGAUGACGCAGAUGGUGACGGCAUUCCAAAUGAGCAGGACAACUGCUGGUUGAAGCCCAACGUGGACCAGAGGAACAGCGAUAAGGACAGCCACGGCGAUGCCUGCGACAACUGCCGCACGGUGGAGAACCCCGACCAGAGGGACACCGACAGCGACGGCAAAGGGGACGCCUGCGAUGACGACAUGGAUGGCGAUGGCCUGAAGAACUUUUUGGACAACUGUCAGCGUGUCCAGAACAGAGACCAGCUGGACCGGGACGGAGACGGCGUGGGAGACGCCUGCGACAGCUGCCCCGACAUCCCCAACCCAAACCAGUCUGACAUCGACAACGACCUGGUCGGAGACUCCUGCGACACAAACCAGGACAGUGAUGGCGACGGUCACCAGGAUACCAAGGAUAAUUGCCCACUCGUGAUCAACAGCUCCCAGCUGGACACCGACAAAGACGGGCUCGGUGACGAGUGCGACGACGAUGACGACAACGACGGGAUCCCUGACACUCUGCCGCCGGGACCAGACAACUGCCGGCUGGUGCCCAACCCCGACCAGAUUGACGACAACAAUGAUGGAGUUGGGGACGUGUGUGAGUCUGACUUCGACCAGGACAAGGUCAUCGACAGGAUUGACAACUGUCCCGAGAAUGCCGAGGUUACCUUGACUGACUUCAGGGCCUAUCAGACGGUGGUGCUGGACCCUGAGGGCGACGCUCAGAUCGACCCCAACUGGGUUGUUUUGAACCAGGGAAUGGAAAUUGUGCAGACCAUGAACAGCGACCCCGGACUUGCUGUUGGUUACACUGCUUUCAGCGGGGUGGACUUUGAGGGCACAUUCCACGUGAACACGGUGACAGACGACGACUACGCCGGCUUCAUCUUCGGCUACCAGGACUCGUCGUCCUUCUACGUGGUGAUGUGGAAGCAGACCGAGCAGACCUACUGGCAGGCGACACCCUUCAGAGCCGUGGCCGAGCCGGGCAUCCAGCUUAAGGCUGUGAAGUCUCAAUCGGGCCCCGGGGAGCAUUUGAGAAACUCGCUGUGGCACACGGGAGACACCAACGACCAGGUUCGUCUGCUGUGGAAAGACCCGAGAAAUGUGGGCUGGAAGGACAAGGUGUCCUACCGCUGGUACCUGCAGCAUCGCCCACAGGUCGGAUACAUCAGGGCCCGGUUUUAUGAAGGAACAGAACUGGUGGCAGACUCCGGCGUGACUAUCGACACAACCAUGAGAGGAGGACGACUCGGUGUUUUCUGUUUCUCUCAAGAAAACAUCAUCUGGUCCAAUCUGAAGUACCGCUGCAACGACACAAUCCCAGAGGACUUCCAGGAGUUCAGCACUCAGCACGGCGUCGACUCGCUCUAAAGUCGAGACGAAAAUAUGACACCGCAUCUCCGAAGAGUGCUCCUUGUGUGUGGGUGUGUGAGUGUGUGCAUGUGAGUGUUUGCGUGCGUGCGUGGCUGUGUGUUGGUGCAUCAGUCCGUCGGUGUAUUUAUGUGUACAGUUUCUGUGCAUAUAUGACCACAUAAGUUUGUACUGUAUGUGCAUAUCAUCAUGUGUCUCUUUCCCUGUUUAAUCAUCUCUUACAGACUCUAAAGAUUGUAAGUUAUAAUGUUUUGUUUUGUUUUUUUUUUACUGAACACAAUGCAACAUGACAAAUGUAAGGAUUUGUAAUGCAACUACACAUAUUGCUAAUAAUGGACAUGCUAAUAUUCAGUAUCUCAGUGCCACCAUUGCAUAUAUUUCAAAACAAAAGUAACAACAAAGUAACAUUAUAGAAACUGUAUUUUGCUUCUUCACAAGUAGAUUGCAAAGUGAACGGACCAAGUUUACCGACUGCGCCUUGUGUCACUAACUGUAGAUGAUUAAUGUAAAGCUCAGUGUAACUUUGUUUUCUCCUAAAGAUCAUUUCAUAUCUAUGUAGUCAUGAACCUGGUGAAAAUAAAGGGCUUUAAAAUGUGUUUAAAUUCA